AAUACAAUAACACUAACCUCCAUUUCACUGAAAUGACUUGAACGUAUUUACUAUUCAUUAAAAUAGCAUCCAAAGCAUUAUGCGCGUAGCUGGUGAGUGAUGAGGGCAGCUAGAAGAUAACUCAUACUUGCAUAAUAAUUGUUUGAAUGAUGUCAAUGGCAAUGCUUUCUUGGGGAGCAGGAUCCCGUAAAGGUUUGCGUAGGUCUGAUGCCGUUGUGGAAUCGCGCUCUGGAGUUCACUUUGUGCGUCCGAAAUCCAAAAUUCAAGACAUUUCGGUUGGAAGAAGAAUUGCUGCGUUUUUACGCGGCGAUGGAAAUGUCGACUAUCUCUUGAGUGUGGAGAGUUCGGACGGAAAAGCAAAACCUGGAAAACUAAAUUCCCUCGAUUUGAAAGAGAAGAUUAAAGAAAUAUGCUGUGGGGAUGCGCAUGUUGUCCUCAUUUCCCAUGGCGGGAAGGCUUUACACAUGGAUACAACUCAGAUCCCAAGGCGUAUGAAAGGCCUCAGUAGUGAACACAUCACUCAGGUUGCAUGUGGGGACCAGCAUUCGAUUGCUCUUUCACAGGACGGGCAGUUAUUCACGUGGGGCCAGAACUCCAAUGGUCAGCUGGGUCUGGGGAAGGGGGAGCCCAGCACCAUGUCCCCCCAACCCCUCAAGUCUCUGGCGGGGAUCCCCCUGUCUCAGAUCAGUGCUGGAGGAGACCACAGCUUUGCCCUGUCCCUCUCAGGGGCCGUGUUUGGCUGGGGCAAGAACAGCGCUGGCCAGCUGGGCCUAGGAGACCUCUCAGAUCGUCCAGAACCUGUUGAUGUGAGUUGCUUAAGUCUCAAGAAGACCAUCUUUAUUUCAUGUGGAGCGGAACACACUGCCAUCCUUGUGAAGGAUGGUGGAGUGUUUACAUGUGGAUCAGGACGUUAUGGCCAGCUGGGGCACAACUCCUUCAGAGACGAACUGAGACCACGACUGGUGGCUGAACUCUGGGGCUCAAAGGUGUCUCAGAUUGCCUGUGGGAGGCACCACACCUUGGUGCUGGUGGGACCCUCAAAGAUUUACUCAUUUGGACGUGGUGACCAGGGGCAGCUUGGAAAUGGACAAAUAGUCAAUCAGUGUGUUCCUCUCGCUACUUGUGCACUUGUCACCAGCGUGGAGCAAAGAGUAACAAAACUUAUUGCUGGAGGGAAUCUCUCUUUUGCUUUAUGUGAUUCUACUCAGGAAUGCCAGAAAGGCCCAGCCAAGCACAAACCCACCAUAAGAAAGAGAGAAGCACUAAAUGAUAAAAAGAUUGGCAAGUGGAUCUCAAACUGUAAUUCCUCCUGGGAAAAAAUCCAGAGUGAAAUAACAGAAAUAUGUUCAUCUGCUUCAAGCAUCAAUGGAAGCUUCCUUGAGACAGGCUGUGAUGAACAUUACAAAACAUCAUCUGGGUACUCUGGGCUGGAUCUGUCUCUGGCUCGCAUUGCUUUUGAGAAGCUCUCCACGACUAAAAAGGAGAGGAAAGUCAUGCUGAAGGUGGAGUCUGUGGUGCGCCUGCGUCUGCUCCCCUCGCUGAGCCCCAGCCCUGCUGGAGUGGAGGGCCUCAGAGUUUACCUCAUCCUGCCGGAGCUGCUCAGGGUGCUGCUCAAACACAACAGGGGGACAGACCUCGCCGUCUCAUUGGCCGAGGCCAUUCUCAGGCUGCACCCUGAUUCGCUAAAAGCCCUGGGGAUGCUUUGGUUCAGCCUGUCUGACUCUUUCAUUGGAGCACUUGUUACAGCAUUCCGCUCAGUGUGUGAAACAUUACUUGAUGGGAUCCCCAAAAGACUCUUUGGUCAUGAGGCUUUGCAGAAAGUGGUGGAAGUCCUGCAGAGGGUGUAUGAGGCUACACACGGAAAAGUUCCAGAAAACAUGUUCCAGAUCAAAAAUAUUAACAUCUAUGAUCAAACAAUCCUUAAGAUAUUGGAAUCAUGUACCUGCAUCUAUGACCUGGAGGCCAAAUUUGCUUUGUUUAAAGGCACAGCCCGAAAGAUGAAAGAAGCAUCUAGAAUCUCCUGGUUUCAGCCAUUAGACGAAUUUAAGCUGACAGUGAGGCGAACUGAAAUUUUGGAGAGUGCCCUCAGUCAGCUUCGCUCAGCAGACCACUAUCUAUUACGGCACCCACUAAAGGUUAAGUUUGAGGGGGAAGAUGGUGUGGAUAUUGGAGGCGUGUCUCGUGCCUUCUUCAGUCUCAUUUCAAAGGCAUUUUCUACUGAGGGAAGUGAAACACUGGCAAUCUCAAAAGAAAACAAUGACAAGGACUCUCAGUACCUCUGGUUCAGACCAGAUGAUGAGAUUACCAGGGGCGCCACUGAAGCCCUUUACAUGGGCAUGAUCUUUGGGAUGGCACUGUAUAAUCACUGCACAGUCAACUGCAUCUUUCCACAAGCACUUUUUAAGAAACUGCUGGGUCUGAAAACAACUUUGGAAGAUCUGGAGGAACUACUACCAUGCCAAGCCAGGGGAUUGAAACAAGUGCUAGAUGAAGAUGAAGAUGUUGUUGAUGAUCUGUAUUUGGAUUUCACCGUGAAGGAUCAUGACCUGAUUGAAAAUGGAAGGAAUGUCUCUGUUUCCAAAUCAAAUAGGAAAAGAUAUGUUGACUUGUUUGUGGACUAUGUGCUCAACACAUCUGUCACUCGGCAAUUUGAAGACUUUCUCAAGGGCUUUGACCUGGGCUGCCCAUGCAGGACAUGGAGGAUGUUCCGUCCGGAUGAGCUGAUGAACGUUCUCUGUGGAGAGGUGGAGUACCAGUGGGAGGAGCUGCAGAAGAACGCAAUCUACGAAAACUGUAAGUCCUCUGACAAAACAGUGAAGGAUCUCUGGAAAGUUUUCUUUGAGUAUUCUGAUGAAAACAAGAAGAAGUUUUUAUCCUUUGUUCGGGGAACAGACCGGUUACCAGUGGGAGGUCUGGCCCGACUUCGUCUGACUGUACAUAAGCUGCACAUCAACACUGAUGAACACUAUCCAGAGUCCAGUACAUGUUACAUGGCCCUGAUACUUCCAAAUUAUAGCACGAUCGACACACUACGAAAUAAUCUAACCCAUGCUAUUAAUCAUUGUGAAGAGUUUGGUUGUUCCUAAAGAGCUUGAUAUAGAGGCAAUAUGUAGUUAUUGCUAUGAAAAUAACUACAUAUUGAAUUUUUUUUUUUUCCAU